AUGAGUUCAGAAGAAGAGGAAGAUAAACAAUAUAAUAUCGAUUAGCUUCUUCAUUAGAUUACAUAAGUAUUAUUUAUUUUAUCCUUAAGAUUGAGAGUACUCGAUAAGUCAAUCCGCAAUUCAGAAAAGUCUAAGAACCAGAAUUUAAUCUGGUUUUUAAUCUAAAACGUCCACCAGUGGAAGACUUGUCAUUAGAAGAUGCUCGACUCUGCUAUUUGGAAAACAAGAGGUAGCAAGGUUAGUUGUCUCAUUAUAAUAAAAUUAGUUUUUUAAAGGAAGACUUAGGAAGUGAAAGAGAAGAAAUAUGCCUAUGCAGCAAAUAAUCAAUGCAAAAUAUAAAAUAAAUUACUAAUGUUCUUUUCCAAAGUAUUCAGAGAUCAACCAAACAUGGUGGAAAAAUUUUUGUAUGAUAAAUACAGCCACAAAUAAGAAACAAUAUUGGAAUAGUAAAUACACAUAGGAAUAGUAAUAAUAAUCAUUUAUUUAGUCAUCGCAAUAAUUUGAACCUGCUUUUCAAUCAAAUAAAUUGCCUUAGCUUGGGUACAAUUUUGAAGAUGCAUUCAAAAUUUAGUAUUCAGAUUCUAGAAUGGGAAAAGCAAAUAUAAAAAAGUAAAGAAAAGUAAAAGUAAAUAAUAAAUAUUAGCUUAAAAAUGAUUGCUAGGCUUCAACUUAGAAUGAUUAUUUUAACACUAUUAUACAAUAAGAAUUAUAUGAAGAUCCUAUUGAAAUUGGAGAUUGGAAGAAAAGUUGGACUAUAGUUGUUAGGAAUGCAGUUAAAAUUAGUAAAUUCAAAGCCAAGUUUAGAUAGGAUUUAAGAGAAUUUUUUAAAAGAAUAGCUUAUUUUGCUGCCAAAGAGGCAAGAAGAAGAAAUUAAAAAUGUUAAAAAUAUUAAAAAGAAUUUAUGUUAAGAGCAAAGAAAUUAUCAAAAGAAGCUUAAUCAUAUUGGAGAAAAAGAGAUAAGGAAUUGAUUGAAAUUAAGAAAAGAAAAGAGAAAUUAGAAUAAGAGAGAAAGAAAAAGGAAGAAGAAGAGAGAGAAUAAUUAUUAUAAUAAAAAAGAUUAGAAUUUUUAAUGAAGUAAUCAGACAUUUAUGCACAUUUUAUGGCUAAGAAACUAGGAAUAACUUUAGAUAAUCAUAUUUCAUUAAAUAUUGAUGAGAUUGAUGAAGAAAUAGCACUUGAAAAUGUUUAGAAAGUAAUCAAUGAUAAUAGAAAAUAAUUGUAAUAAUUUGAUGGUAAAAAAUAAGAAAAUGUUUAAAUAUAAGAAUUAAAAUUAGAUCAUAAUGAUUAAGAUAGAGAUUUCUCAUUGAUUGCACCUCCUUCUACAUUUAAAGGAGAUUUAAAAGAGUAUUAAUUAAAAGGACUUAGAUGGUUAGAUAAUUUAUAUGAUUAAGGUAUUAAUGGAAUAUUAGCAGAUGAAAUGGGAUUGGGAAAGACUAUUUAAGCUAUAGCAUUAUUAUCACAUAUAAGUUCAUUUAAAUAAAUAUGGGGUCCUUUUUUAGUGAUAGCUCCAUCUUCAACUUUACAUAAUUGGUAAUAGGAAAUUAAAAAAUUUUGUCCCACUUUAAAAGUCUUACCAUAUUGGGGUUAAGCAUAAUAAAGAAAAACAAUAAGAAAAUAUUUUUAAUAAAAAAACUUUGGUUCAAGAGAAUCUCUCUUUCACAUAGUAGUUACAUCAUAUAAUUUAGUAGUAUCAGAUAAUAAGAUAUUUAAUCGAGUAAGAUGGUAAUAUAUGAUUUUGGAUGAAGCUUAAGCAAUUAAGAAUAUUAAUUCAUAGAGAUGGCAAAUAUUGUUAUCUUUUAAUGCAAGAAAUAGAUUAUUAUUGACAGGAACACCAAUAUAAAAUACAAUGGGAGAAUUAUGGGCAUUAUUACAUUUCAUUAUGCCAAGAUUCUUUGAUAGUUUUGAUCAAUUUUAAGAGUGGUUUUCAAAAGAUAUCGAAGCACACUCAUAAGAUUAAAAGACUUUAAAUUAACAUUAAUUAUAAAGAUUGCAUGCAAUUUUGAAACCAUUUAUGUUAAGAAGAUUAAAGAAGGAUGUUGAGAAUGAGAUUGGAUAGAAGAGAGAAGUCUAGAUAGUUUGUGAAAUGACUAGUCGAUAGGCAGUAUUGUAUAGAAAUGUGAAAUCUAAAUUAUCAAUAAAGGAAUUCUUUAGAAUGUUAGAUUCAAAAUAGAAGGUUGAUAAUUUGAUGAAUUUGGUUAUGUAGUUUCGUAAGAUAUGUAAUCAUCCUGAAUUGUUUGAAAGAAAGCCUUAUAAAAGUCCUUAUGUAUUUUAGGAUAAAUAGAAUGUUGAGGUGUAUUAAAAAAAUCCUAUUGUAUAAGUAACCAAAAGAAAUCCUAUAACUUUUAUUAUUCCUAAAUUAGUAUAUGAUAAUUUAAUUGAAGAUAUGAAAUGUUUAUUCACAGCACAUUAUAUAUACACAUCAUUAAAGAAUGGAGAAUCUACAUUUUCAUAUUUACUAUUGAAACAUUUGCCUUUCAAUUUAUUUGAGAAAAAUGUAUUUGAUUUAAUUGAACUCUUAUGUCAGAAGAAGGAUUCACCAACAUUAGUGAAUUUUUCCUUUACAAAAUAAUUACUAUUUUAUAUUCCUCAAGUAUAAAGUUCAAUAAUAUCAUUUGAAUGCAGAUCACAAUCAUUUUAUUAUAAAAUUAAACAGAGUUUAUACAAUAGAUAGGCACUUUCAUUUAUCUAAGAAUCCCCUGCUUCAUUCAUAUUACCUAAUAGUCCUGAAUCUUUAAUUGCUUCUUCAUCUAAAUUGUUAUAAUUAGAUAAAUUAUUGAAAGAACUCAAAUAAAAAUAAUGGAGAGUUUUAAUUUUCUGUUAAAUGACUAGAAUGUUGGAUAUAUUAGAAGAAUAUAUGUUACAUAAAGGAUAUACUUAUUUUAGAAUGGAUGGACAAUGUUAAAUAAAUGAUAGAAGAGAUGUAUUAUAUAAUAUUAUAUUUAGAUGGUUAAUGAAUUCUAAUAAAAUGAUAAGAUUUUUGCAUUUCUUUUAUCAACAAGAGCAGGUGGUUUAGGAAUUACAUUGACAUAAGCUGAUGCUGUUAUAUUUUAUGAUAAUGAUUGGAAUCCAACUAUGGAUGCUUAAGCAACUGAUAGAGCUCAUAGAAUUGGAAGAACUAAAGAUGUUUAUGUUUAUAGAUUAAUCACUAAAGGUACAAUAGAAGAAAGAAUUGUUAAAAGAGCAUAAUAAAAAUAGAAUGUUUAAUCAACUGUUUAUUCUGGUGGAUUUCAAGGUGAUAAAUUCAAACCUUAAGAAGUAUAUAAUUUAAUUUAUAAAGGUUUUUGAAUUAUUGUUUGGAGAAUAAGAAAUUGAUGAGACUGUGGCUAAUAAGUUUAUGGUUAAAGGACAAAAGAAAAAGAAGAAGCCUGUGAAAAUUGAAUAAAAGGAUACAUAGAAAGAAGUAUCAAAAGAAUAGAAGGAAUAAUAAGAGGAAGAAGAUAUUAUAGAAUUUGAUCUCAGAGAAUUAGAGAUGAAUGAAAAGGAUUGUGAAGAUGCUGAUUGA